CCUCCUCCUCAGGUUUGCUCUCCGCCCCCGCCGCAUCGGCGCACCCACUCCCAACCUCCAUCGACGACGCUGAGGCGUCCUCCAGGCGGUCCGGUUAUCGAUUCAUCGCCUUCUUUAUCGCUGGCCUCGGCCUUCCUCUCUGCCGGAGAAGGUGGGAGAAGUGACUCGCGCACGCGCUCGGCCCAGAAGGCGGGGCCACGUACGUAGAGGGGAGCGCAACGCUCUGAGAGAAGGUGCCGAGGGUCGCGAGGCCGCCGCCGCACUGAGUUGCUAAACCCGGCUAUAGCGUGGGGGGUUUUUGGUCGGGAGGUGGAGAAGCGGAGGUGAGGUCAUGGCUGCGCCGAAGAAGGGGACGGCGACGCCGCUGGGCGCCGUCUUCUCGCCGGAGGAGACCAAGAGGGCCGUGGCGAGGGUGUCCGAGUCCAUUGCGGACCGCCGCGCCGAGCUCGGGCGCCUCCAGGGCUUUGUCGCCGACAACGCCGCCCUCGUCUCCCUCGUCAACAGGCUUCCCGAUGAACUCUCACACGAAAUCAUGGUUCCCUUUUGUGGCGCCGCAUUUUUCCCAGGGCGUUUGAUCCACACAAAUGAACUCUUGGUACUUCUAGGAGAGGGGUACUAUGCUGAGAGGUCUGCUAAGCAGACAACUGAUAUUUUGCAUAGGAGGGGGGUGGAGUUGGAAGCUCAAGUGGAAGCGAUGAAGGCAACUAUCUCUGACCUAGAAGCUGAGGCAAAAUUCUUUGAGUCAACUGCCGCCGAGGCCUCUGAGGGUCUAGUUGAAAUCAGGGAAGAGUAUGAUGAAGACACGGAGAGUAAUUCAUCAAAAGAUGCUUCAGUUGCUACCGGGGGCAUGUCAGAUAAAGAUAAGGAACAUGCUCGGAUAAUGGCAAGGUUAGAUGAACUCGAAAUGGAAGAAAGGGAAGCUGGAAGUACUUCUGAAGAAGAAGAUGACGAUGACGGGGGUGCUGGAACAAGUGAGGAUGGUGAGGAAAAUGAGGAAUCUGGAAAUGCUUUAAGUGAUGGCAAUGAGCACCAGAGUUCCAGUUUUGGCACUUCAUUUUCUAGAAACGGUGGCGAUGAUGAUGAUGAUGAAGAUGACGGGGGUGCAGGAACAAGUGAGGAUGAUGAGGGAAAUGAGGUUUCUGGAAAUGCUUUAAGUGAUGGCAAUGAUCACCCAAGUUCCAGUUUCGGUACUUCAUUUUCUGGAAACGAUGGCCAUGAUAGGAGUCAUGGGAAUAUCCAGCUGAAGAGUGCACUAAAGAAGCCUGGAGGCAUUUCCCAUACACCAUCAGCCCACACAUCUCAUCCUAUAACAAAUUCUGAAGUCCGGGUUCGUAAAGCUGUUUCUUUUGAAGAUGACAAACAUGUAGUUGGUUCAUCAAAGUCUCCUUCCUUGCCACUUGAUCCACCUUACCCUGCUCCAGGGUUCAAGGGUUCUUCAGACCCACCUCCAUCUGGUGAGCGAAAGAUAAUAUCAAGUGGGCGACAGGCCUUUACAGGAUCCAUUAUUGAACAUGAUGACAAUCUUUUACCCAUUCAACCUCCAGGCGGCAGUUCUUUGGCGAAACCUGGUACCUCUGCUUCUUCAAGGCCCAUGUCUAGAUUCAAGAUGCAGAUGCAGAAAGGAGAGCGGUGAUUCUCCACACAAGGAUGGAUCUUUGCGGCCGGUACCUUCAUCUCUAGGGCAAUCACGAUAAGCAGUAGUGUCGAUACUGUAGGCACGAAUUUUAUCCUAUCAAGAUUCAUCAGCACUGUAUCCACGAGCUGAGCACCUGGAAAGGAAACAUGCCCUUGUGGUUCGCUGGAGCGCAUGUUCAGUAAAACUGUUUGUGGAUACAUGGCACUUUUCAGUUAAGUUGU